AUGGCUGAUUUACGUGUUCAACCAACCGAUUAUUCGGAGCUGCUCGAAGAGAUUUUUAGAAGAAUCGCUACGGAAGGUGACAGCGAUCGAAACCGCGACUCGUUCCGCCGUUGGACCGACAUUUUCAGUCGUCCAGACAUCGCUCCCGGCCGGAAAUCAUUCAAAUCGUUGCGAUUGAUGAAGAAGGAGCACGUGAAUAAGCAGGAUAAGACUGACGUCUGUGCCAUCUGCCUCGACAAUGUGUGCAAUCCGGUCGAUAUUCCUCAAGAUUUCGUGCUCAAAGAGGAGCUGAGAACCGACGAGGCGACAUUCCGGGAAUCGAUUGUCAUCAUGCCGUGCAACCAUCGUUUCCAUUAUUUCUGUCUGACUCUCUGGCUCGAAAAAGAGCAAACGUGUCCAACGUGUCGAGCGAAAGUCAAGACGGACGGAGAGUUGGAAAUCGAGGAGAGGGAGAGAAAUCUUGCGGAGCUUCACGAUUCGAUGUAUGGAUAA